GCGAUCAUUCAAAAGAAAGACACGGCUUAUGGCUAUAGAGGCACCGAUACUGAUGUCGAGCAGAUAUUCUGCAGCGAUCCGACCCCUACUUCGGUCUAUUGGCAAUACGGCUCUAUGAGAGUCGAUAUCAAGGACGAUCGAUACGGGAAUGUAAUGGCAGUCGAAAACAACAUCUCGAAAUCAAUGCGACACAAGGCUCGAGGUCUCAUAGCGAUGGACAAACACCAGUCGUGGCCUAAACCCACGUGUUUUAGAGCCAUCCUUUCGAUCACAAACACCGAUAUUACCGAUCAAAGAGAGUAUACACUCAACGUUGAGAACGCCAGAGGAAUCACACAAAGUGUCAUCAAAUUGAAAGUGAACUCUCCGGUAUCGGCGGCUAUAAUGAUAACAAUCGGAUUAAUAGUGUUGAUAAUG